CCAUAUUUGAGAUUGCAAGCAAUUCUUUUAUUCAACUAGUAUCUAAGAAUCUAUUAAAUUAACACACAUUCAUCAUGUCUUAUAUGCUUCCACAUUUACACAAUGGAUGGCAGGUGGACCAGGCCAUUCUAUCGGAGGAAGACCGAGUUGUGGUUAUACGUUUUGGCCACGAUUGGGAUCCCGCUUGCAUGAAAAUGGAUGAAGUUAUGUACAGCAUAGCUGAGAAAGUGAAAAACUUUGCCGUCAUUUAUUUGGUGGACAUAACGGAAGUUCCUGAUUUCAACAAAAUGUACGAAUUGUAUGAUCCGUGCACUGUGAUGUUCUUUUUCCGCAACAAACACAUUAUGAUUGAUUUGGGAACGGGUAAUAAUAACAAAAUCAAUUGGCCCCUGGAGGAUAAACAAGAAAUGAUUGACAUAGUUGAAACUGUAUACAGGGGUGCACGUAAAGGCCGUGGUUUGGUGGUAUCUCCGAAAGAUUACUCAACCAAAUAUAGAUAUUAAGAAGACGGCGGGAAUAUAAGAUUUAAUUGUAAGUUUGAAAUAAGCAUACUUUACUAGUGCGUCUUUUUAGAAACUAUAUUUUAAUGAUAACUUUAGUUUGCCAACUUGCUGCACUGAUCGAAUAAAUAGUAUUUAUAAUAUAUGCAAGGAAACAACCUGUUUGCAUAUCUCGCGUAAGAAAAUAA